UUUUAUAUACAUACAUACACAUCCCGCAUCCCUAGGUCUUCCUCGUAUCACAUAUUCUUUACAUUUAUACCCCUCGCCGUAGUUUCUAAGAAAAAAUUUGGUGUUUCUGUGGUUUUUGUUUAAAGUAAAGGUGGUUUCAGUUUCCAUCUGCAAUUGGCUUCCUCUUUUUCUCUCCCCUAAAUUCUCUGUCUGAUUUCUUUGUCUAAGAGAAUAUAGAAAAGGAUGAAAAACUGUGAGCUUUGUAAGGGAUUGGCUAGGAUGUACUGUGAAUCGGACAACGCGAGUUUGUGUUGGGACUGUGAUGCGAAGGUUCACUCGGCUAAUUUUCUGGCGGCGAGGCAUUCUAGGUCUUUGCUCUGCCACGUGUGUCAAUCGCCGACGGCUUGGUCGGCGGACGGGCCGAAACUUGGACCGACGGUUUCCGUAUGUGAGAGGUGCGUAGAUGGAUACUACCACAGGGACGAGGUAGAGGAGAGUGAAAGCGUGAACGAUGAAGGAAGUACCACGGAGGAUGAAGAAAAUGAUGAUGAAGAGGAUGAAGAUGAGGAAAUUGACGAUGAAGAGGAUAUUGAUCAAGUUGUGCCGUGGUCAUCUACGCCGCCUCCACCGCCGGCUAGUUCAUCCAGCAGCGAAGAUUCAUCUAAAGGCCGUCGGAAUGUUUCGUUGAAGCGAAUGCGUGAAUAUGAUGCGGAUCUUCAUUCAGAUGACGAUAACGGAAGCUCAUUAUGUAGCCAGAAAAUCCACACAACGCCGUCGGUGGCGGUACACAGCGGGGACGAGGCAGCUGCCGUUGUUGUAUCAACGAAAAUGAGAACGCCGGCUAAGAUACAGAGAACGGAAGCGAACCGAACGGAUCGGCUGACGGCGCCUGGAUGCACGGCGAUAAUGGAGUAUAUCAGGAGAAAUAAUCGGCAGAGGAUAAGCUCCAGUACGGCGAUCGUCGAGCUCUGUAGACUCAGUGAUGACUCAAGGACCGUUGAUCUGGAAAGCUCGGAGACGUCGUAACCGUCGGAUUGACCAUUCGUUUCAGUUACAUUACGUCAUUUCUACUUUUGUUACUUACCCUUUACCCAAAUCUUGUAGUCGGUGGAUUUCAGAUGAUAGUUAAUAGGAUAAGAGUGGAUUUGUUCUAAGUACUAAUCUUUUCAGAGUUAGGACCAUUUGCUAGUAUAUGCUAUUUUUAUUUACUGUAUGUAAUUUAUUUAGGAUAAUAACUACUAAUAUUAAGAAGAGGAAUGCUUUUAAACACA